AGCUUGUCAGUGAACCCUGGCUUUUAUUUUGAAAACCGUUUGACCCGGAUGUGCUUGUCCUAGUUGAACUCGUUAUGUGUUAUAGUGGCGACACGUGUGUUGCUGUCAAAGACGCGUUUAUUAGUCAACAACUACCCACAUGACAAUACACUGCACUAUUGCGUGUUUCCGGUGUAAUUAUGGCUGACGCGUUCAGCAGCAGCUCGGAAACGGUCCUGCAGCGUGUGGUUGACGUCACAGUGACGACACAUGCACCUGUGGAAAAACUAGAAGAGUUGUAUCAGAUCAAGAAGACUUGUGACUUCAUCAGCGAGCAUCAGUUUCAAAAGGUUGCUCUCCAGUUUCCUGAUGAGCUGCUGGUGGAUUCAAUAGCAAUAGCAGCAGAGAUUGAGAGAAAGACUAACGCCAGGCCGUUCAUCCUGGGAGACACGUCUUAUGGCAGCUGCUGUGUGGACGAGGUGGCAGCAGAGCACGUGGGCGCCGGCUGCCUGGUGCACUACGGCGCCGCCUGCCUCAGCCCGUCCAGACGGCUGCCGCUGAUCUACGUCUUUGAGAGGAGAGCAGUCGAUCUGCAGAGAUGCUCUGCUGCCUUCAGAGAGCUGCACCCCGACACUCAGAGCCACACCGUCAUCCUCUAUGAUGUCAACUACGCUCACUCCAUAGACGACCUCCUGACGAUCCUUUUGCCAGAGUAUCCGAACCUGGUGGGCUCAGAGCUGGUGGUGGAGGGGGAGCAGUGCUACAGUCACGGCCGGACUAAAGGACGACAGGACGACAACAAGCAGCUCAUUAAUCUGUUUGGGAGGCAGUUCUCCUUGAAGAGUGGCCUCAGCAUCACAGACUACAGCAUGUUCUACGUGGGCCAGGAGGGAGCAACUCUCAGGAACUUCAUGAUGACUUGGAAUCGCUGCUCUUUCUCUUCUUUUGACCCCGUAACCAUGACGGGGAGGACUGAGUCGAUAAGCAUCAACCGUGCCCUGAUGAAGCGAUACUACGCUAUAGAAAGGGCCAAAGAUGCCAACGUGGUGGGCAUCCUCGUGGGCACGCUGGGCGUGGCCGACUACCUCGCCAUCAUCCAGCAGCUGAAGGAGACGAUCAGAGCGGCGGGAAAGAAGUGCUACAUGUUCGCCAUGGGCAAACUCAACGUGCCCAAACUAGCAAACUUUCUUGAAAUUGACAUUUUUGUGUUAAUUGCAUGUCCCGAGAACUCGCUGCUGGACUCCAGUGAGUUCUAUAAACCGGUAGUAACUCCGUUUGAGAUGGAGCUGGCCUGCAACAGGAAGAGGGAGUGGUCCGAGGAAUACGUGACAGACUUCAGACGUCUACUGCCAGGUGGACAGAGCCAUGUUCCUCUGGCUGAGCAGCAGGAGGACGAUCAGACGGACGUGUCUCUGAUCACAGGAUCUCUGAGGAGACUCGACCUGAUGAGCAGCGAGCCUGCAGCGUCGGCGUUCGGCUCUUCUGUGGUCCUCAGGAACCAGACGCUCACCGUAGCCAGCACCAACUCAGCUGCAUGUUUCCUGGCGGAGCGGAGCUGGCGGGGCUUGGAGCAGAAGCUGGGAGAGACGGCUGUGGUGAAGGCCGUGGAGGGCCGCAGAGGCAUCGCUAUCGCCUACGAAGAAGAAGGAACGUCUGCAUGAUGUUCACCAGGAACACACUAUUCUAACU